GCGAGAACUAUUGUGAUAUAGCGAGAUGAUGAGGCAGCUGCUGUCAUCCAUUGCUCGAAAUAAAGAAAGAAGGUCUACCUGUACGUGUUUUAUUAUGGAAAACGUGUAGAAUUCAACUACAAUGGAUCAUAAUAAGGCUUGAAGAAUAUUUAUCAAGUGUGGAAUGUCAGAUAUUCAAUGCGAAGAAUUUGAACUCUGACCUAAUAAGGUCAGAUACAGAAGAAAACGAUUUGUAGAUAAUAGAUAGUACAGAUUCAGAAUAGAUUAAUUUGUAAUAAAAUGGCUCAAGGUCGUCCUAUAAAAUGUGUUGUUGUCGGGGAUGGUACUGUUGGUAAAACAUGCAUGUUAAUAUCAUAUACAACGGAUAGUUUUCCUGGUGAAUAUGUACCAACAGUGUUUGAUAACUACACAGCUAAUAUGAUGGUAGAUGGUGUUCCAGUUAGUUUAGGGUUGUGGGAUACUGCCGGUCAGGAAGAUUACGAUAGAUUACGACCACUUUCAUAUCCACAGACGGAUGUAUUUUUAAUAUGCUUUAGUGUUGUGAGUCCCUCGUCUUACGAGAAUGUUUUGACAAAAUGGAACCCUGAAGUGAAACAUCACUGUCCUGAUGCACCAGUAAUCGUUGUUGGUACAAAAAUAGAUUUACGUGAAAACAAGGAGGCGAUUGGUCAGUUAGCAGCCCAGGGUUUAAACCCAAUAAAACGUGAGCAGGGCAUCAAAUUGUCCAAUAAAAUAAGAGCUAUAAAAUAUAUGGAAUGCUCAGCUCUAACACAACGUGGUCUUAAACAGGUUUUUGAUGAAGGAGUACGUGCUGUUUUACAACCUCAACCACUCCGCAGAAACCAACACAAGUGUACAUUACUCUGAGACUGGCAUAGUGAACAUUCUACUAUAUACUGAGACUUAUUGCUGUGUUGAUAUACAGCAUUGUAUUUAUAAUUGUGUAUUCAGAUUGGAUAAUAAUUCGGGCGUUGUUUUCAAACUCAGCUUUUUUUAUACGGACAUAAAUUAUGGAACCAAAGUAGUACUGUUGCUAUGAUGAUGAAAUAUAGGAUGAUUUCAUGGGUCAAGAGUUGAGAAGUUGAUGACAAACGAAAGAUCCUUGAGACAUGUAACCUAGGCAUAAUAAUCAGACAUUUAAUUUUAAACUUUAAACUUAUUGUGUAUAAUAUUUGUGUCGAUCAGUAUAUUUUGGUCGAUUGAUAUAUCUUAGUCGAUAUAUCAUCUUCGUUAAAUUAUUAGAUGUUUUACAUUUAGUGUGAUUCUCUCUCUCUCAUUAUUUUCUUUUUCUGUCUGUGUAAAUAUUAAGAUAGUUCCAUUCUUAUUAAUUUGUAGAGUGCUAAAAACAUAAUAAUAACAAUAAUUCAUUUGAGGCACAUAGAAAUUUAAACAUCUGUGUUGUGAGAAAUAGGCUUAUUCAAAGCAUUUAAAGAAAUAAGGUGAGAUCAUUUAUUAUGGAGUGAGGGUUGUCAGUGUACUUAUUGAUGAAUUGAUAUAGAUUCAUUGAGAAAUAAGACAGUCAUUAUAAUGUCCCAUUUUAAAUUGUAUAAUGACUUUACCAUAAUAAUUUACAAUCUACAUUUAUAUUGACCAAUGAUUGAGCUUCACUCCAUUAAAUGAAAAUUAUGUUAAGAAACCAAAGUAUUUAUAAAUUUGUGGCAAAUGCAUGGGACAUUACCAAUAACUCUUAAAUUACCUUGAUUUCAUGCCAAGGUUAUUGACUAAGUCUGAUAAUGAGCAUUUUCUGCUCGGCUUAAGCACAGAAAAACAAAUAGAUUGGUCUAGCUUUGGAACAUGAUGACUUUCAUUCUAUUUCUAAUUGGAAGCGGACGUAAAAUACAACUAACUAACAACAACAAAACUUGGCAUAUAGCCUCAUUACUACAAUGAUUUAUCAUUUUCUGCUUGGGCUUAGUAGAGAUCAGCAAUUUUAUUAGUCAAGACUUUGGAACACAAUAACUAUGUUUCUAAUUGAGAUAGAAUGUUCAAACAUGGUGUAAAUGUUAAUGAUCAGUAGGUGAAUGUAUUGACUGAGCAUAGGCUAAGCAGAGAUGAGCAAUUUAAUUGGUCGAUGCCUUGAAACCUAACGGUGCAAGUAUUUAUUGAAUGUCAUUUAUUUAUUUUGGGAUUGAGGCAGGGGACAUUAGCCUUACUGUUGCCUUGUUUUAGUAGUUAUGAAUGUAGAUUUAGAGAAAUCCAUGCUCCACAGACAAACAGUACAAAUAUUUUAUAAUAACUGAGGUUUUAUUAUUCUGUUAAGUAUAAUUUUCUAAUUUAAUUGUAUGCUUUAAAGAUGCAUUAUUUAAGAUUUAGAUAAAGUGCUGACAGUUUAUGCUAUAAUAGUUAAAAAAAAAAAAAAAAUGAUGAAUAAAAGAAUAUGUUGAAAAUUUCAGUCAGAUUGCUGCACUGUGAGCUGAGUUAUCAUCAUUUGCAGAACUGUGUAGUCUUGUUGUCAUUGAUACCGUCAUUACGAUAAUAAACAAAGUCUUGAUUAUUCAUUUUUAAAUUAAUCUUUAACUGCCAAUUGUAUUUAAAUAUGUUGAAAAUCAAAACCAUCCGAAGUUCUAGAGAGUUUGUUAUGGGCCAAGUAUGUAAAUUAAUGUCUAAUUAAUGAUUAAUAUAACAUUUGAGGCCUAAAGAAAGGUCUGCAUUAGGCAGAUUUAGCUAAAGAUUACUGCAUCUUUAAGUAUCAUUUUGGUCUGGGUUGACAAAGUUUGUUAAAAGUAAAAAAUUUCAUGUUGACAGACAUAUGAUGUCCUCCGUCCUGUCCAGACCUUGUGUCCAGGAAUUAUGGAGUAGAGGAUGUGGUUUUUAACAAAUUUUUCAUGAGAGAACAUGCCUUAUUGAUUAUGAGCGUUCAGCAAACUUUUACUCCAGAGUUAUGACUUCUUAGCUGGAAACUUUGUGAAUGUGAUAGAGGUUACAAUUUUUUUAACAAAUCGUUUUUAAAUUUGGUUUGAAACAUUUUGGUUCAUGAAAGGACGAACCCAAUCGAUAUUCAUUAUUCCGCAACCUUCAGUUCUGGAGUUACCACCCUUUUGUUGGAAAUUUUCUAAAUUUGAUAAAGGAUGCAGUCAAUUGGACAGUGCGAGAGGAUGACCGCAAACGAUUUUCCCGGUUUUCUGUCGAUCUCUUGGAUUAUCAGGGUGUAUCUUGCAUGACAAUAUUAGUGAUAGAUAUUGAAGUAUCAAACUUCGAGGUUCAUGGUCUUUGUUCAAGAUAGAACCAACAUCCAACUGUUGAUUAAAUAUGAUAAUACCAAUCUAUAUUCUAGUCUGAUAUAUUUUCAUAUCAAGAAUUAAUACUCAUGAUUAAUAUCAUUAAUAUUGUCUAACUUGAAUCAUGCGAAUAUAUGUUUAAUUUUCAUCUUGUGAUUGAUCAUGUACAAUAUACCCCAUUGUCUUUAAAUUUACAUCUUUUGUAUAGUGAAGCCCAAGUGUAUAAUGGAUGUAUCUCGUUAAAACAUGCAUGUAGUCGGUGGAUAUCGACAACAGAUUUAUAGUGAAUCUUUGUGUAAAAUAUUUGAGUAUCUUUAUAACAAGUGUGCAAUAAUUAAAUACUUACAUCAGUGUUAUAGUGAAAGUCUAGUGUAUAAUAUUUGAGUCUCACUAUAACAUGACUGUCGUCAAGAGACAUCAAUGUCAGUAUUAUAAUGAAGCACCUGUGUAUUAUAUAUGGUUUUCUCUAUUCCAUGGGUAUAAUGUAUAAAUAAUGUAAGGUUUUCAGUAUAACAUGGGUGUAUUAAACCCUUGAGUAUAAUAUAUCAGGUUCUUACUAUUACAUGGGUGUAGUCAGUGAAACCUCUAACAUCUAUGCUAUAAUGAACACUUGUGUAUGGGUAACUUGUAAUAUGUGUUAGUUAGUGGACAUCAACAUAGUGUUAUAGUUGAGUCCUACACCACUGAUUUCAGUGGACACAAAUGUCACCUUUUUUAUAGUGAAAUCUGGUAUGUAUCUUGCUUAUAGCACUGUAGCCCGGGUAUAAUUUAAUCUUGUGUAUUUAGCAUUAAUUUCUUUCACAUUCUUUCAAUAUCAAAUCUUUAUUUAAAACUUCGCAAAAAUCAUUAAAAUCAUCAACAAUCAUCUAAUUUGUACUUGUUUCCUGCUUAAAGCGGACCAUUCAAUUUUGAUAAUGAAUGUCCAAUUUACAAGCUUUUAAUUUAUUGACCACUGUUAAAAAAUAAACAACCCAAUUGAUUAUUGAUGUAUAUUGGUUGAUUUUUGAACAGUGGUUAAUAAAUUAAAUACUUGUAAAUUGGGCACUCAUUAUCAAAAUUAAUGAAUCAGUUUUAAACUGGACACAAGUACAAAUUAGAAGUAUUUGGGUGAUUUUUAAACAAAGAUAUGAUAUUAAAUGAAUUUGAAAGAAUUUAGGGCUAGAUACACAAAAUUAAAUGAUACAGUGUAAACUGUCAGCCGUUGAAUACAGGAAUUAAUCCUAUCAAAGUUAUGAAAAUCAGAUCUCAAAUCAGGACCUGUUUUUUUGGCAACUAACACUCAGAAUAUCAUAGGACCUGGCAACCAUUUGACACAACAUCAUGUAAACCUAUAAUUAGGAGACAAUAGAUAUAAUUCUAUGGAAUACAGUUACUGUUUAUUACUACAUGUGCCGAGAGGUACCUUGGGAAUUUCUAGUCAAUCGAAUGGAACCCAAAAAACCGAGGUCCAACGUGUACACAUUUGAGUGUACUUAAAUUCAAAAGAACCCCUGAAAGUUGGAAUCUGAUGAAGAGUAAGCAAAAACACUGCUGUGCUGGUCAAAAUUCUCCUCCCUUUGCUAUCGAAUUUCCUAUGGCUUAAUCCAACCUAAUAUGUACUGAUUCGUUAACAUUUAAAAUAAUAAAUGAGAAAAAAAGUAAUCAAAAUAUCAAUGCUGGAUUCAGUCAGAUUAAAAACAGAAACACCCAUUUGAUUUCACAAAACAUAAAGAUGGCUCUGGGCGUGUUGUAUAUAUCACAUGACGUCAUCCGACAAUAAAACGACUUGUAACUACUGGCAAUUACCAUAGAUUGCAAUAUAGCAGAAGGUUCAACUACAAGAAAUGUAGACCGGUGUUGUUGACAGAUUCUAAAAGAGACAAAGGGGGUUAACCUAGCUGAAAAGUGUACCAAUUUUCUCCUAUAUGGUAUCAAUGUAUGUAUAUCUGGUAUCAUCAGAAUGUAAGUCUGCCGGGGAUACACCACCACUAGACAUGUCUGUCAGAGUGUUUUUGUAAUACCUGAAGAUGUACGGUACACUGCUGUCCGAUUUUCAUUUGGUACACUUUUGAGCUAAUCUAGUCUAGUUGGGGGUCAUGGCAUUUAGGGCGUGGAAUACCACACCCACCACCAGAAACUCGACAGACUUACAUUCUGAUGAUACCAGAUAUACAUACAUUGAUACCAUAUAGGAGAAAAUUGGUACACUUUUCAGCUAGGUUGACCCCCUGGGCUCCUGGUCUAUUUAUGUCCUGGUUAAUGAGCCAGCCCCUUGUUAAUUACUCACAGAGGCAUUGUUGCUCCCUAAAAUACCCAUUAUAAGAAUGAACAGUAUUAUGAUAAGAGCAUGUGUUAGUUACAUUUUAGGUAAUUUUUAAUAUUUUUAUUUCUUUAUUAUACACCCAUAUUGAAAUCUGGUCGUACACAUAUAUUGUCAUCACCCCCAUCCGUCCGUCGAUCCACAAUUGCCUGUUGACGCUCGAAGCUAAAGUUAUUAUUCACUUUAUACACAGUUUUAGUCAUGAGACAAAGGAGUGUAAUGACUUUCACUGAUUUCCCCCUAUAUCUGUUUUAAAAAAUCUUGUUAUCAUGUGAUAACUCAAUAGGACUUCUUUGUCUCAUGACCAGAAACACUGUAUAUAUAUAUGAAUUUUAACGAUUUCUGAUUAUUACUGACAGAGUUAUGGCCCUUGAUCACUUUUUUAAAUCUUGUGGACGGUCCAAAGACUAAAAUUGUCAUCCGAUUCACUUGAAUGCAGUGUUUAAGUUCAUGAGACGAAGAAGCCUAUUAAUUUUCAAAUAAGUAGCACUUAAACACCGUGUAUAAAUUCAAAGUUCAUGAGACGAAGAAGUCUAUUAAUUUUCAAAAUGUUUUACUAAUUACUGCCAAGAGUUAUGGUCCUUGAAAUUUAUAGCAAAGAAGUCUAUUGAUUUCUGAUAAUUAACAUCAGAGUAAUCACCCUUGAACAAUUUGAAAAUUCUUGUGGAAGCUAAUUGUACGCGCAAGGUGAAGAAGCUGAUAAUUAUUUUUGGAAUUAUUGCCCUUGAUCACGUUAAAAAAAUCUAGCAGUGGAUAUUGUUAUCCCAUCGAUUCAGAAUUUAUACACAACGGUAGCCAAUUGAUUUGAAUUACGCACUGUUUAAGUUCAUGCGAUGAAGAAGCAUUGAUUUUCAAUGAUUUCCUACAACCCGAAUGGUUAUCAUUUUAUUACUGCUACAUGUUUAGCACUUAGAAGAACUAGACACCAAUUAAAUUAUUUUUGAUAAUUAGUUCAUUGAUUGCUACUCUUGUUGUCGCUUUUGUCCGUAGUCACAAUUGUGAUCAAAAUUUUAUGAAAGAAUAUAUUUUCGUAAAUGAUUUGUCCGUAAUCACCUUUCAGACUACCAUCCUAUUGCCGAAAACCUUGUGAACUCGAUACACCUACCACAGUUUGUAAUGGAUUUUUUUCAGAUUUAGUAUGAAGCAUUGCCUUCUUACGAAAAUGCACGUUUCAAAUUUUGUGUGAAUGAUUGGGUUCAUGAGACAAUGAACCCUAUUGAUACUCAGCAUUCUGUGAUGUUCAAUUCCAGAGCUGUGCCCUCAUUUCCAAAAACCUUGCGAACAUAAUAGUUUUUAAUGAAUUUGCUUCAAAUCUGGUGUGAAUCAUUGGGGUCAUGAGAGGAUGAAACCUAUCAAUAAUCAGUUAACCCAUUUUUCUAAAAACCCUGUGAACGCAAUAAAGAUCAGAUAUCUUGAAGGCAAUCAAAUUUGGUCAACAUCCAAGUUUUUCUUUUGGAUAAACGUCUGUUUAUGGCUUUCGAUUUUCCCAGACAUAGCUGAUGUGUUGGUGUAUAUCCGUGCUUUGCAUGGCUAUCUUUAUUUUUUUGAUAAAAAAAAAUUUGCCAUGACUUUCUAAUUUUAAUGUAGUAUUUGUAAUCUACUCAUUUAUAUUUUCUAGAAAACCCCCCCAUUAAAUUACAUGGUAUUGUUAAAUAGGGUUUGUUUUUUUAGAAACUGUCUUUUAGCCUCCUCUUAGACCAAACAAACCUGCUCAAAGCACCAUACUGAUUAGGUAUACACCUAUUAGAAAUACUUUUAUUCACAACAAUGUCCAUGUCUAAUGUCUUCAUCUAGGGAGAGACACUUGUGUUGGGGUUUGGGCUUUAGUCCUUGGUAUCUAUUGGCACUAUUUUUGUUGGAAAAUUGUUGAAGUUUCUGAUGAAUAUUUUUGUGAUUCCUGUUUCUGGAGCCGGAGAAUAAUGUUGCUAUUAUUACUACAAUUAUUUUUACGUGUCAAUAGGGAAUAAUGUUGCUAUGGCUAAUAUAACUGUUAUAUGUAUUAUAAUGUUGCUAUGACAACUAUGAUUAUUUUAUGUUACUAGGAAAUAGUAUAAGUACUAUGAUUAUUUCUAUGUAUUAACAGGGAGUAAUGUUGCUAUUACUACUAAAAUUAUUUAUAUGUUACCUGGGGAAUAAUCUUGCUAUGACUACUAUAAUUAUUUCUGUGUGGUUUUAUAAACUAUGUUAAUGAACCGAGAUAUUUUUAAAUAAAGUUGGUUUUACAACCA